CCAGUGCGGAACUGGCGGUCAGGUGAUGAAGCGCUGGGAGACGCAGGGAUGGGAGGAGGAAGCGCUCCGUGUGUCCUGUCCGUGUUCUCGCUCUGUCUUCUGACCUGCUCCGCUCAGAGCUACGCUGUAGACGAUCAGGCUGGACUAGGACGGACAUUUGACGGUGUUGGUGGAUUAAGCGGUGGAGGGGCAACAUCCCGUCUGCUUGUCAAUUAUGCAGAACCGUACAGGAGUCAGAUUCUGGAUUACCUUUUUAAGCCCAACUUUGGAGCUUCUUUGCAAAUUCUAAAGGUUGAAAUUGGAGGAGAUGCCCAGACGACAGAUGGUACAGAGCCCUCUCACAUGCACUAUGAGAACGAUGAGAACUACUUCAGGGGAUAUGAGUGGUGGCUGAUGAGAGAGGCCAAGAAGAGGAACCCAAACAUCACGCUUAUAGGUUUGCCGUGGGCGUUUCCAGGAUGGAUCGGACGUGGGAAAAACUGGCCCUAUGAUUACCCUGAUAUUACAGCUUCCUAUGUUGUGUCCUGGAUUAUUGGAGCAAAGCAGUAUCAUAACUUAGAAAUUGAUUAUGUUGGGAUAUGGAAUGAGAGGAGCUUUAAUAGCAAAUACAUAAAGCUCCUGCGAUACACUCUGGAUAAGAAUGGACUAGAGAGGGUCAAAAUCAUCGCCAGCGACAACCUCUGGGAGCCCAUAACCCUGUUUGUGCUUCAGGACCGAGAGCUCAGUGAAGCUGUGGAUGUUCUGGGGGCUCACUACCCAGGAACCACUACAGUACCAGAGGCGCUGAAGACAGGGAAGCAGCUCUGGUCCUCUGAAGACUACAGUACCUUCAAUGAUGAUGUGGGAGGAGGCUGCUGGGCACGAAUUCUCAAUCAGAACUACGUCAAUGGCCAGAUGACUGCCACUAUUUCCUGGAACCUGGUCGCCAGUUACUAUCAGGAUCUUCCAUUUGGAAGAGAUGGGUUGAUGACUGCUCAGGAGCCGUGGAGCGGAAAUUACGUUGUGGAGUCCCCCAUUUGGAUAACUGCCCAUACCACACAGUUCACCCAGCCUGGCUGGAAGUACCUGCAGACUGUCGGCCACCUGGCACACGGAGGGAGUUAUGUUGCUUUGACUAACCAAAGGGGAAAUCUGACCAUAGUUAUUGAAACCAUGACUCAUGAUCACUCUGUAUGCAUACGGCCUCCUCUACUGCCCUAUACCGUCACAGCCCAGAGAGCUACAUUCUGUUUGAAGGGAUCUUUCGCUUCAAUCAGUGAGCUGCAAGUAUGGCAUUCAAAGUUUGAUUUCAAAGUGAAAAAGCCAGUCUACUUCCAAAAACUCAGUCCUGUAAAGGUAUCUAAUGGGUCGUUCACUUUGGACCUUGAUGUUGAUGAAGUUUAUACGGUGACCACCAUAACCACAGGGCUAAAAGGGAAUUAUCCGGAGCCUCCUCCAUCCUCUCCCUUCCCUAAAAUAUAUAAAGAUGAUUUCAAAGUUCAGCACCCAGACUUCUCCGAGGCUCCAGACUUUGCUGAUCAGACUGGUGUGUUUGAAUACUUCAUCAACGAGACAGACCCUGGCCCUCAUGUUUACACACUGCGGCAGGUGGUCACUCAGCGGCCAAUCACUUGGGUAGCGGAUGCUGAUCAAACCAUCAGCGUCAUCGGGGAUUAUAAGUGGCAGAAUGUGACCGUCUCGUGUGACUUGUACAUGGAGGAGGAAAAUGGCGGGGGGGUGUUUGUGGCCGCGAGAGUGGAUAAAGGAGGAGGCUCUGUCAGGAGUGCCAGGGGAAUCUUUUUCUGGGUGUUCGCAGAUGGCACAUAUAAAGUCACCAGUGAUCUCAGUGGGCAAAGUGUUCUGGCUGAGGGACAGUCAGGAACCAGAGCGAACAUCUGGAACACCUUGACGCUGUCUGUAAAGGGCGAUAAUGCCUUUGGAGAACUCAAUGGCCAUGUCCUAUGGAAGAACGCGGUAGGCUUGGUGCCUAAAAACGGAUGGGCGGCUAUAGGCACGAGCUCAUUCCAGCUGGCUCAGUUUGAUAACUUUGCUGUGCAGGCGGAGUGACAGCUCCUUUCUCUAAUCCUGUAAAGAGUCUCUCAGGUUUCUUAUAAACUGUCCUAGACGAAACUUGAAUUUCAGUAUUCAAAAAUCUAGACAUCAAUAUUUUUAUGAUUCCCGCUGAGCGUUUGCAGAAUUCCGGCAAAACCCACCUCGCUUGGUUACUGUUGCUAUGUUUGCCCUAACACUGGAGCUAACUGGAGCUCAACGUUGUUCUAUAAAGUUAUUAAUUCAUAUUAUUCAGAUGACAUCACAGUCUUGCUGCCACCGUUUUGGACGGCAACUUCAAGUUCAUUCAGCAGCGGCUCCAGCUGUUUGCAAUGAGAUAACAAAGCUAUAACCGAUCCAGCAAUACGUUUUUAAAGAUUUUUACAAUUUUAAAGCACGUUAACUGUACAUUUGAGUGCGCUCACUGGGUUUUAUUUGAUUUGUGGUUGUAGUAAUGACGAGUGAAAGCAAUCAUCUAAACGGCUUCAAUGCUCCGCUGAAUUAUUUUCACGUUCCAGACCGCAUAAUAGCUCCCUAAAUAGUAUGGAAACAGCGCAUAUACUAUUAGAAGUGCACACAGAAAUGUGUGGUUUGGGAAGCUGCUUUAAAUGCGAACAACGGCUCUUUAGCUGCUUAGUAACAAGUAAAUAUCUGUAAGCAGAGGUUUGAGGUACUUGUUGAUGUAUGGAUUAUUUAUUGAGGUAAAUUGGUUGAUUUGGUUGUAUUGAGGUGAGCCGAUGUUGCCUUUGUGUCUGCCAACUUUCAUAAUUCAGACUAACUGCAGCACCGUUUAAGGUGGAAUGGAAAACUCAAAAUGAGAAACUAGCGAAUAAGAAGCUGAAUUGAGCUUAAUAUUUAUGUAUGAGUUUAUUAAGGGUUUUGGUAGCCACUAGUAUUAGUUUUUUAUGAAAUAUUAUGCAUUGGAAUGUUCUGAACUCUGGAGAUGUGCAGGUUAUAUGGAUUCAGUCCAAUAAUCUAGCUAAUCUUUAACCUUAAACACCUCAUAGUGUUGUCUGGUGACUGCAGCUAAGCACGCCUUUAAAUCUUUAUUGUGGUCAUUUUGGUCUAUUUUGCUUGAUUUUUAUCCACUUGGGUUGUUGGGGCGGUAAAAAAUAAUGAUCUAUCAGAGCAGAGUCACAGCUUGCCUUCCAAAACGGAGACAUGGUCUUCUCAAUGACGUAAUUGAAUACCAUGAAUACUUGGUUCCAAUGGUACCGUCUGAUUGCUUGAGAACCUUUCUACCCAUUUUCAACUGUAUCAUUCUGGUUGCUUAGUAAUGCCUCUCUUAACGCUGCAGCUACUGGGUUUCUGCUUUAACAUAUACAACAACAGAAAAUAAAUCAUUGAACGACCUCUAA